AUGAUCUUGCAGUAUGCCGAGUUUGUGCGCAACAACGCACCAACCAUUUCCAGCAUAGAAAGUAGUGUGCGCUCACUAACUUACAUUCUUCCUGGUCGAUUCAAGAAUGCCGAGAUUUUUUCAGAAGGACUAUUCGCACUAUCAAGCCUUACUGGCCACUAUCAUGACUCGAUCUUGGCAAAGGAGGCUCGACGGCAACAGCCCCAUAUGCCAGUGUCCAACUUUAAUCGAUAUACUUUAGCAAGCUUGAAAUCUUCUACUCUAGUCAAUAAGCUGUCGAUUCUUCUUACCAUAGUCAGUACAUUUGAAGUAUUUAGCGAGAUGGUAGCAUUGAAGGCUGGAGGAAAGAAACUCCGUUACAAAACAAUUCUUGCUGUCGAGUGUCUAAAAGCUGUCUGUCGAUUACUUUUGUUGCGUCUGUCGGGAGAUCGUAUGUUGCUUCACUCACAAAUGCCUGAUCGUGAAUACGAUGCUUCAAAGUUACUUCCAGCCGACGAGGUAGAGGGAUCUUACUGGACUGGGAAACGCACAGGAAGUGAGCAUAUACCUAUUAGUUACAUUUCUGGAAAGAAUGGAUCUGACAAGGCCAUGCAAUUUCUACAAUCUCGUGCAAUGUCGGAUCUAUCAUCCUCGCAUACACAGCUUGUUCCAAAACUUACUGGCUUGCGCAAGUUGGGUGAACUGAUUUUUAUCAUUCGUCCAUUGCUUUAUGUUUUGGCCAUCAGAAAGUACGGGAUUAAAUCAUAUAAACCAUGGAUCAUGUCCUUGCUACUAGAGAUAUUCAGUUUUGGUGUUAUGUCGGGAUGGACGCAGUUUAAUGUGAAACGAAAGCUUACUGAGCUUGAAAAGGAGGAAUUGAAGCGUAGAUCUUAUUUGUUUUUGUAUUAUCUGUUGCGUACUCCGUUCUACGAACAGCACACAAAGGAGCAACUCACUGCCAUUGGUCAAUCACUUUCGGCAAAACCCAUACUGUCAAUCCUUGGUGGAAUUAUUCAAGACUACAUUCCACUAUGGGAAACCUAUCAUUUCUACACCUCUCCAAGCAUACGCCGAUAA